AUGUCUUUCUGGCUACAACCAAAACGAUACAGACGUCGGAUAGCUUGUGGAUUGCUGUUUGUGGCGAGUGUUAUCUACGUCGUGUACAACAGGUUCCCAGAUACACCGGUGCACAACUGCUUCCAGAUCGUCCAUGGCGUCGAUCUCGAGGACGAAAAGCUGCUGGACGACGUGCAGCAAUCCGCACCGCAACCAACCGACGACGGACGUAAUGUUUUCUUUCAUGAAACUUCCUGCUCCAGGGACGGUAUCGUUAGACUGAACGCUCGCCAAGCGUGUGCAGUCGAAUCGGCAGCUCGUGCCAAUCCUGACUGGAACAUUUACGUGCUGUUUGCGGCGCCGGUGGGAUUCCGAAACCAGACGGCACGACCGAUACUGGAUGCGCUACUCGAUUACCGAAACGUACAUCUGCGCUUUGUUAACUUAACGACGUACGCGAACGAAACGCCGCUAGAAGAGUGGAUGGAAAGCGGGGAAAUAUUUCGCUCACUGUACAUGAACUCACAUCUGUCCGAUGUAAUGCGUUAUCUGACCCUGUACAAGUACGGCGGAACGUACCUUGAUCUGGACGUGAUCGUGCAGCGAUCGUUUGAGAAACUCGAACCAAACUACGCUGGUGCUGAAUCGGUUCGGUGGGUUGCUGCCGGUGUGAUGAACUUCCAUCCGAAAGGGCACGGUCAUGAGCUGGCGGAUAUGUGCGUUAGAGAUCUGCUAGCUAACUUCAACGGUAAGGAUUGGGGAAACAAUGGUCCCGGGGUAGUGACACGCGUUCUGCAGAAGUACUGUCACACCCGCUCGACGGUCCACAUGACGCGGGAACGCUGUCGCCAUUUUACCGUGUAUCCGAUCAACGCAUUCUACGCGAUCGGGUAUGAAGAUUACAAGCAAUUUUUCGAAGAGCAAUAUCUCGAACAGGCGCUUGUGACGCUCAACCAAUCGAUAGUGGUGCACGUGUGGAACAAGUUUAGUAAGACCCAUCCGGUUCGAGUUGGUUCCCGGGUGGCCUAUGGUGUGCUCGCCGAGAAACACUGUCCGAAGGUGUACAAAUCUUGUGGAACCGUUUUCUAA